GAUACCAGAGAGUGGAGAGAGUGAGAGAGGCGAGCCUUUAAAUCUCUGCGGUGCAGAGCUGGAAAAGCUGCUUCUCAGCGAAAAUCAGACGCCCUAUUUACACCGCUUACUCGCUCCUUUUAUUUUCCUGGGGAAAAAAGGGACUUACAACCAAGAAAUUUCAACGAGGACUGGUGCCCGUCUCAGCGAAUUAACGUGGUAUUUCUUUUGUUAUUAUUAUUUAUGUUUUUUCUUGUAAAUGCACUUCUGCUGAAGGGACUCGGGUUUUACUUUUGCACUGAGACGCACAGCUUUCUACCUCCCGCCUGGUCUCUCUGCCAGAUUAUCCCAGCAGAAGUAGGCUAUAUGACGCAAACCGUGUGCAGUGCAUUAGUCUGAAAGUUUUCCUCCACGACUUUUUUUUUCUUUUUUUCCUUUUUUUCCACCAACCACGCGCUGUUUCAUGCUACAGCAAGUCAGUGCACAGCGGUGGAGGAGCCAAAAGAACUAUUGCAUGAAACAAGAAAGGAGAGAAGAGACGCUGAUUAAUAAGUCAGUUUUUGCGACGCUCGCCAACACUUUUGCAUAUCUGCAAAAGAGUCGCGACAACAACAUGAGCGCAGAGCUGAGCAUGGGGCCGGAGCUGCCCAGCAGCCCUCUGGCUCUGGAAUAUGUGAACGAUUUUGACCUGAUGAAGUUUGACGUGAAGAAGGAAGGCCUGGCCGGGCUGGAUCGCAACGGGGUGCGCCAGUGUAACCGUCUCCAACCCCAAGGCUCUGUGUCUUCCACCCCUAUCAGUACACCCUGCAGCUCGGUGCCCUCGUCGCCCAGCUUCAGCCCCACGGAGCAGAAAAGCCACCUGGAGGAGCUGUACUGGAUGCCGAACAACGGGUACCACCAGCAGAUAGACCCGCAGACGCUAAGCCUGACCCCGGAGGACGCAGUGGAGGCCCUGAUUGGAGCGACAGCUCACGGCCACCCUCCGCCUCCGCAUGUCCAACAGCAGCUGCAGCAGCAAGGCGCUUUCGAGGGCUACAGGGGCCCGCAUCACCACCACAGCCAUCACGGCCACAGCCAGCAGCAUCAUCACCCCUAUGCGGGGGGCAUCCCGCACCACGCCGAGGAACUUUCUGGGCACCCGGGCGGACACAGCCACCCACAUAGCCAGCAUCAUCAUCACCACAGCCAAGACCCCGACAGCCCAUCUCCGGUGUCCCCAGAGUCCCACCAGCCGCUGCACCAUCACCGCCACCAUCAUCACCACCAUCCGCACGGCCACCUGAGCCAGUCAGCGGCGCACCACAGCUCCGGGGGCGGACUCAACGUGGAGGACCGUUUCUCCGACGACCAGCUCGUAUCCAUGUCGGUGAGGGAGCUCAACAGACACCUACGGGGCUUCAGCAAGGACGAGGUGAUCCGCCUCAAGCAGAAGAGGAGGACCCUGAAGAACCGGGGCUACGCUCAGUCCUGCCGGUUCAAGCGGGUGCAGCAGAAGCACGUGCUGGAGAACGAGAAGACGCAGCUGAUGAACCAGGUGGAGCAGCUGAAGGCGGAGAUCACCCGGCUGGCGAGGGAGAGGGACGCCUACAAACUCAAGUGUGAGAAACUGACGGGGUCGGGGGCCAAUAACGGGUUCCGCGAGGCUGGCUCAACCAGUGACAACCCUUCAUCACCAGAGUUUUUCAUGUGAGUUGCCAUAGCCUUUUUCUUGUGAACCCUCCAACUUACUCAACAAACAACCCCCACCCCCACUCCACCACCCCCCGACACCUUUACUUUCUGACUGACUUUGCUGAUGCGCAAACGAUAAUAAUCCACACCUCCCAUACUGUUUGAUUAUAUUAAUAACGGUAACAAUUAUAUUCAUAUUAGACGAGUAAUCCAUCAGAUAGUAUUCUCAUAUAUAAUCAUCUCACCAUCCACGUGUCAACUGAGAUACAAAGAGCAAUGUAGAGUGUCCGAUCAGUCGCAGCAUCUUUGUAGAUUAGUUGCUUGUAGUGAAGAGACUUUUGUUUUUCUUCUUCAAAGAAGAGGAGCGACUGAUGAACUUUUUUUGUUUGUUCGUUUGUCUCUCACUUGAGGCUCCAGCUUUUAAAUCACCUGUAAGUAACGUGGGACGGCGUAAAGCAGUUGUAUUUUUGCUGACAUUCUUAUGAACCAACAAGCAGGCCCGAUCUCACAGCCUGCAACUCACCAGACUCACAUUCGACAAGUGGACCCGAAAUCUGAAGAAAAAAUUAACAAAUGAAUCUUAAAAAAAAAAAA